AUGCAUCACAAUAUUAAGCAUCAGCGAUGUCGUGCGUGCAGCCGCGUCUUCAUCCACAACCAAGGACGCCUGGCACGAGACAAGCGGCCAGAACACACAUGCGAGUCGCCAGAGUGGGAAGAUGUGCCUCUCAUGCCCGAUCAUACCCUAAGCGUAUUUGAUCCACAAGCAAAGUACGCUGAGAAGAUCAAGUCCGUGCUGAAAAAAUGUCGGGAGAUGGUCGUCAACGAGGAGGACGCCUACUGGCAUACCAACAUACGCUUGCUUAAGGAGAUGUUUCCUUCGGACAACAUAUCAUUUGCUAAGCUUGGAAGCUCAGCUCAGCCCAGCGAUUUGAUAGAUGUCUACUCAGUGACAGAAUGUGAGGCGAAAGAGUUGCUCGCCCGGGAUCAAGCUAUGACGCAGCCUAUUUUGAUAAAGGGGUCACAAAAUACACCGGAUGACCCUAUGCAGACCCUAUGCGAUCGCUUCCGUCUGCCCGGAAGCAAAGUCAGUAUACAAGAUGCCCGAGAAAAAGAGAGGACACCAGUCUCAAUGCCCGUCGAUGAGGCAAUUGGCGCUAUAAGGAGAGAAACCACGAUCUGCGGCGGCUUACCGUUCACAAUUCUCGAUCUGGAAUUCCUUGGACAAAUACCGCCAAUACCGGAAUGCCUUCAUGAUAACAGAUUUGCUGUCAUGCAAGCGAUCGACUCUCGCUUACAGGUUGCAUCUCGAAUGAAUGAAGAGAAGACUGGCGCAGGCCCCGGAAAGAAAAGCAGCGCGGCUGUGAUUCAUGAAGGCGCCUUUACCGGUUUCCAUGUUGACACGCCUGGUGGGACAUGGGUGAGAACUAUGUCGGGUUUAAAGGCUUGGAUUUUUGCCUCUCGAACCGCUCCUAUCAACGACUUUCAAGAGCAAGGUAGUGACUGGGCGCCGGAUGUCAAUGUCAUCAUUCUAGAGCCUGGAGACUGUCUAAUCAUGCCUACCGCCAUUCCCCACGCGGUGCUCACGAUAGCUGAUUCUUGGAUGCAUGGAGUUGAGCACCCGAAUACCUCGAACGAAACGGGAGCAGAAGUUACGAAGACUGCUGAGCUGUACAUGCGCUAA